ACCUCUAGUUCGCGCGCUACCCAACACUCAGCCAUUUUUCAUAGGGCAUCACGGAUGCUACUUUUUCCCGACCGAAGGAUAUUUGGUUUUUCCAUCAAAACUCGUUGAUUUCGAGACGUAAGUUUGACUUUCCCCGAAAGCUGUGAUCGUAUCGCGGACGAGAAGUGUGCAUUUGGCAAGCGGAAAAGCAAAAGAAGGUCUCCAAUCGGCCCUGAAAAAAGCAGCCAGCAGACGUCACACCUUUCAGACACCACUUACCAAUACUACCAAUACCACUACCUGCAUAGACCAACACAACCAAAACAACUAGCGCUAGAAAAAAGUCCACUGAACCAUCGCAUAGGCAAGUCAAAGUACUGUAUAUAGUACUUUAGCCACCGACUUUUCGGGCUCUACGCAUACUCAAUCGAAAGCUGCAUUGAACUUUUGGAAAUAUUACGCAAGUAUUAUUUCUGGUUGUACCGUUGGAUAAUCAUGGCUCAGUAAAUAUGAAUCCGCAACGAGAAUACUCUGCUCAACGCACUCCGUGUGGAGACAAAGGCGAGACGCAAUUCGCUGCCCACUGGCAGCUGCCCAACACCCACACUAGUACUUUCCCUAACAACCGAUUCUUUGAAAACAACCUCAACGAUGGACAGCGGCAGCAGCAGCAACAAGAAGCAGUCUCAAUCUUCUCAUCAUGGCAAGUCCUCGUCUGGUGAUUCCCAAAGGAAGUCCAGUGAUUUGCAUGCGAACAACAACAACAACAAGCAGCGGAAUAGCCGGCGCCGGGAGCAGCUACCAACUCCACGCAACGACCAGCAACAACAGCAGAGGAACGUCAAGCAACAGCAACAACAAGGGCAGCAACCUGCUAAGCUACGUCCCAAUGUGGACAAGCGUCCAAGGGCCAGGGGCGGCGGCGGUGGGGGGACGUAUGACUUCCCUUCAUCCCGCAGAGAAGACGGGGCUCCAGGCAGCUCCCGAUUAGCGCUCCAGGGGGCCGGCUACCCCCGUAGCGGUGACUUUGAUCAUGAACUGAACUCUGUUUACGCGCAGGGCAGUAAGAAGCAGAACUUGAACCAUCUGCUUAACUUCCACUGCGUUCCCAGGGAGCUGGAGCGUGGCCACCACCACCAGCACCAGCACCAUGGUGUGGGCAUUCGGAAGCAGCGGUAUAACAAGGAACAAUUUCUUCAGGCCAACUUCCAGUUCGUCAUCCGUUUGGGAGCAAAGGCCCAUGUUGAUGGCUCGCCCGAUGCCUUGAUCGACUGGAGCUUCAUUGAGCAGAUCAACAUCCAGACCACGGAGGAGUUGCAGUGUCCCAUCUGUCUGUAUCCCCCGGUGGCCGCCAAGCUCACGCGAUGCGGGCACGCCUACUGCUGGCCGUGCUUGUUGCACUACCUCUCGCUGAGCGACAAGACCUGGCGCAAGUGUCCCAUCUGCUACGACGCCAUACAUGCGGGAGAUCUGAAGAGCUGCACCAUCGAACAGCAGAGAGACUUUCAGAUGGGUGAAAGGAUCACCUUCCAGUUAAUGCGCCGCCGCAAGGGUUCCAUGUACAUUGAAACGUGUGGAACAGCAGCUGGCGAAGCCAGUGAGAGGUUCCCCCUUCUGUCCGCUGGAGAAGAAGCCAAGCGGUACUCGAAGUUUUUGAUCGCCAAGCGAGCCGACGUGGCCUCCAUCAUAGAGCGUGAACGUAUCGAACUUGUGGCAGAGUCUGAUGUGUCCUGUCCGGAGGACGUCUUUAUUCAGCAGGCGCUCGUAAUGCUCAAUGAGCGAAGCGAGAAGUUGGGCCUGGAAAAGCCAGAGCCCAAAGAAGAGGAAGAAGCACCACCAGCUGUGGCUCUAUGUCUCGAAAACGAAGCCAAAAUUGAUAUUGAGAAGGCGGAUGACGCCUCAAUCUCCUCGGGAGAAGCUUCUAGCAGCCUGAGCUGCUCCUCGAGCAACAACAACAGCAAUACCAACAAGUACUAUUAUUUCUACCAGUCCAACGAUGGUCAGAACAUCUAUUUGCAUCCCUUGAAUGUGAAGAUGCUUCAGGCCUGCUACGGCACCUUGGACUUGGGUCCCCUGUUGAUCGAGGCGCAGAUCAUACAGAAGGAGCAGCACUCGAUGGACGAGGAGCACCGCCGCAAGUUUACCUGUUUGGGCCACUUGCCGCUGACCUGCCAGUUUUCGGUCGUGGAGGUGGAACUUCAGCCGCCGAUCGUCUCUGGUGGAAUACUCAAGCUCUUCAAAGAGGACCUUCUACACCGCAAAAAGGAGCGUCAGCGUCGAGAGCGCGAAGAACGCAAGCGGGAGCAGCACAUCAACGAGAUCAACGACCGCCAGAUGGGCAAGUUGAUUGCUAGCGCAGCUUAUCUUAACCUAAACUCGGCCUACGAGUUUCCAACUUGUGGCUUCGAGGAGGCUUUGCCCCCUCCCAGUGGCUCUGUUCCCAUAGCCAUCGGCCAGGAGAUCGGGCCGAGGUACUCUAAUGCUGCCCUGGCAAGUCCCAAGCAGGAGUUGUGGCCCACUAUUGGCAGUAGCUCGCCUGGCAGCGCUGCGGGAUCACUAGAGUUCCAAGUGGGUGCCUGGGGGCGUUCUGCUCCACCACCGCCUAAGCCCAUGGUGACCUACAGGGCCGUCGAUGAGGACUUCGAGGAGCGGUCGGUAGGCCACUGGGGCUUGGGUGAACUUCUAGUGGGAGCCUUGGACCAGAAGAAGCAGAAAGGAGCAGGAAAGCCCAGUGCCGGCACUCCGGCGGCGGCCGAAUCGAAGAAGCAGAAGAAGGCCAAGGGAAAGAAGAUGGUCCCCCUGUUCGCCGUGGGCAUGAACAGAGCUCCAUAGAGCGUUACACGAUUAUAUUGUAUUUUCUGUUUGCUGCGAAUAUUUCAAAGUUAUUUCAAAUAACACGGGCACGUGAUUGUUCAUUUUGGAAGCAGAUUUCAAAAAUCAUUCAGCUAUGCUAUAAUUUAAUCCAACUUAUAAUCACAUAACACAUAUGCAUAAUCAAUACAACAGUAACUCAAUAAAGGAACCGAUCCGUAGAA